AUGGAGACAAAACAGACUGUUGACGAAAAUGAAGCUUUACGAGAACUCUGUGGUUUCAAAAACGGGGACUGUUGGCCUGCAACGAUUACGCCGAGAAAUAAAGCUGGCGGAAUCAGCAUUUGGUGGGGUGAGGACUUAAUGAUAAAUCGUGUGGACUUUUCCCUAAACUUUAUUGACAUCGCAGUUCAGGAGGAGGACGGGGUUAGGUGGCGGUUUACUGGGAUAUAUGGCUGGCCAAAAGGGAGUGAGAAGUGGAUGACUUGGGACCUUUUCAGGCGGCUUGGACAGCAAUGGGAUGGGCCUUGGUUGUGUGGUGGUGACUUCAACCAAGUCAAAAGCGCCGACGAGAAGAGGGGAGGAAGAUGCGCGCAUGAACCAGAGAUGAGUCGUUUUGGUGACUGCCUGACCGACACUGGCCUUCAAGAUUUGGGCUUCCAUGGGUGUCCCUAUACGUGGGAGAAUCGUCGGCAUAUAAAUGGUUUCAUUGAAGAAAGGCUGGAUCGUUUUGUAGCUAAUGAUAAAUGGAAAGAGCUCUUCCCAUACAAUCAUGUUCAGCACUGGGAUCGGGCGAACUCAGAUCAUCGGCCGAUUAUUUGUGAUACUCGAGGCUCGGAGGAUGUUGAGGUUAAAUGGGGUCGAGCGUUUCGGUUCGAGCCGCACUGGUCAAAAUAUGAUGAUUGUUUGAAAACUAUUGAGGAGGUGUGGUGUAACUCGAGAGGCCAGGAUAUCCUAGCUAAACUUGAUCAAUGCCGCUCUCAACUGACACAAUGGAGUGAAAAGGAAUUCCCACCUUUUGCUAAACAGAAGUAUCGGAUAACUCGUGCCAUCCGGGUCCUAGAACGUAGACCUAAAACUGAGGAAGUGCUUGCCCAGUGCCGCCAGUUGGAACAAGAGAUGGCGGAAGUGUUGGAUAAUGAGGAACAGUACUGGAGACAGAGGUUAAGGGCAGAUUGGUUAAAGGGCGGGGAUAAGAACACCAACUAUUUUCACCGGAAAGCAUCGACGAGGCGGAAAAGAAACACCAUCAGGAGAAUGAAAGACGAAACAGGUCGUUGGUUUGUGGGGCAAGAAGAAGUUUCAUAG